AUGCUUCUUUCCGCACUCUCUUCGCUGAUUAGCCUUCUUUCAUUAUUUUCUGGCUCUGUCUUUGCCUCACCGAUACCCGACGUUACAACUGAAAAUUCGAGGAAAGAAGAUGCAUACAUUGUGACAGACUUACCAGGAAUUGAUGAUAUACCAGAAUCUCUCAUACCUGUGAUGCAUGCUGGGCAACUGGCAUUGGAUUCUGAGAACGAUACAGGCUUAUUUUUCUGGAGAUUCGGGAAGAAUAGUGAAAAUAGCACGAUAAAUAAUUCUACAACCAAAGAUCUUGUUAUUUGGUUUAACGGUGGUCCUGGAUGCUCAUCACUUGAUGGUGCAAUGAUGGAAAUUGGACCAUUUCGUACUAAAAAGGAUGAUGCUUCUGAACUUACUUAUAAUAAUGGCACCUGGCUUAAAUAUGCAGAUUUAUUAUUCAUAGAUCAACCUGCUGGAACGGGAUUUGCAUACACAGAUGUUAAUUACGAUACUGAAUUAACAGAAGCAUCGGAACAUAUUGUUGAAUUCUUUAAAAGCUACUUUUCGAAGUUUCCAUCUGAUAGAUUUCGCAACAUCUGGAUUGCUGGAGAAUCGUACGCUGGUCAAUAUAUUCCCUACUUCGCCGACGCAAUUCUAAGGGAGAAAAAGAAAAAUUCAAAAUUUCAAAUAAAUUUGGCUGGACUUCUCAUCGGAAACGGAUGGGUAGAACCCGAUAUCCAAUCGUUAUCAUACGUUCCAUUUGCUAUGAAUAACAACCUUAUCAAUAAAACAAAUCCUAUGCUUCCUAAACUUCUAGCACAACACGAAAAGUGCCAGAACGCGAUUAAUGAUCCAGAUAACAAGGAAUUUGAAAAAUCGCAGUGUGACAAAGUGUUGGAUGUGUUUUCUAAAGCAACAAGAAUUAUAAAUGACGAUACUGGAAGUCGGGGGACAUGCUACAAUUACUAUGAUUACAGGAAGCAAGAUGUAUAUCCUGCUUGUGGAAGUAACUGGCCCGAAAUAUUACCCUCCACAGAUUCUUAUCUUAAUAGGAAAGAUGUCCAAAAGUCGUUGAAUAUCAUUCACGAGAAGAAAUGGGCUGAAUGUGAUGAGCACACAUCUAUGCUGUUUUCUCCGAGAAAGUCGGUUAAAUCAUUUGAGUUAAUACCUCAACUUUUAGCUGAUAUUCCGAUUAUGCUAUUUAAUGGAGAUAAGGAUAUUAUUUGUAAUCAUUUGGGAACAGAGAUGAUGAUCCAAGAAAUGAUAAUAGGAAAUGAACAAAAGGGCUUUUCAAACAAUUCCCAUUAUAUAAAUUGGAUCCAGGAUGGAAUUCAUGUUGGAAACGUGAGAAGUGAAAUGAAUUUGACUUAUGUCCGGGUUUUCAACUCUUCUCAUAUGGUUCCAUAUGAUUUACCCGAAGUUUCAAGAGGUCUAUUAGACAUAAUGCUUGGCUUAGAUGAACUACAGAGCGCUGAGGAUAGAUUUACAACCACGUCAGCAAAUACUUAUGUGAAUUCAGGUAAAGAACAGUAUUCAGCUCCAGCCCACGGGUCAUCAAAAACUUCAUGGAUAGGCGUGAAGGUAACAUUAAUAGGGGUUACAUUGAUUGCAGCUCUUUUCUUGUGUUUGUACUUAAGACACAGAAACAUAAAGAAAUCUUCAUUCCUGGAGUCAAGGGCAAGCAGAAAAAGGAAAAGAGUUCAUUGGGAAGACGGAAAUGAUAUUUCAGAUGAUGAUGACAUCUAUGAUGACGAUUCAGAACAUGACCUUUCUUCGGGCGCAAAGUAUGAUGAUCAAGUAACUUCUGACUUGAAUAGCAAUUUGCCUUACAACAAACAACCAACAAGCAACAUUCUAAACACUGUACUAUCAAAAUUAGGCUACAACCGUGGAAACAUACAAUAUGAAAGGGUCGCAGGACACGAAAAUUCUAAAGAUAUUGAGAUGGGUGAUAUCUCAGACGACCAGCUUGUAGCAGAUAGUGAAGAUGACGCCAUUGGUAAUCGCCAAGCAUUGUGA